AAUCGGCCGAGGUUAGCCGAAUGCCUUAGAGACUUCCUUUUUAUUUUGUUGUCAAUUUUGUCUCGCUGCGUCAGUGAACGUACAGAUAAAAACGACAAAUUACUCGACAUUUGAAAUUUCUGUUUUCUUCGAGAUGGCACAGACUCAACCAAGACAAAAUUUCCAUUCAGAAAGUGAAGCUAGCAUCAACAAACAGAUAAAUUUGGAGCUUUAUGCAAGCUACACGUAUCAGUCCAUGUGUCUUUACUUUGACCGAGAUGAUGUGGCACUACCAGGGUUCAGCAAAUUUUUCAAAAAGUCUUCUGACGAGGAACGAGAGCAUGCCGAAAAGCUAAUGAAGUACCAGAACAAGAGAGGAGGCCGCAUUGUACUUCAGAACAUCACUAAACCUGACCGUGACGAGUGGGGAAGUGGACUUGAAGCCAUGCAGACAGCACUGUCACUGGAGAAGAAUGUUAAUCAGUCCCUUCUGGAUCUUCAUGGUGUGGCUAACUCCCACGGCGAUCCACAGCUAUCUGAUUUUAUUGAGGGAACAUUCCUGAACGAACAAGUCGAAGCCAUCAAACAACUGUCUGAUUACAUCUCGGUGCUGAAGAAGGUUGGACCAGGCUUGGGAGAGUACCAGUUUGAUAAAGAAACCCUGGAGGACUAAACAGCCAAUCACCAUAAUGCUUAUAAAUAAAUAGCAUUGAUCGAUCAGAGCCAACGUAUAUGUAUCAGCAUUGACCAAUCAUCUAUCAGUUCACAAGCAUUUUCUAGUGUGUCUGUUAAUUUUUUUCUUUGUUAAAAAUUACAGAAAAUAUUAUUGCUAUCUUUACAUUAGUUUAUUAAUAAACAACUCCAUUUUGAAAUGAAUAAAGUAAUUACGGGGUAAAUAUAAGUACACCAAGAAAAUUGAACCAUUUACAGUAAGUAUUCUAAUAAGAUUGUUUACUUUUGUUGCAAAAAAUUAUGAAUCUCUAUUAAUAUAGACAUCACUAAGAUGUGUAGAUGUUGUUUGUGUAAGUAGAUAUCGUUAUAGUGUCAGACAAAGUGUGAUCAAUGUAUGUAUUUGUUUUCCUAAAGUGGAAAUAACUCUUCAAGAUCUAAAUAGCAUUCCUUGUGUGACAUAAACAAUAAACUAUCAUUGGGAUAAAUUUAUCAAAUAUUUUCUUUAGAUAGUAUACCUCUCGGACCAAAAUAUUCCAUGUUUUUCAUAAUUUUGAUAUACAUGUACAACAUUUAUAAUACGUUAACUAUUCCAGCGAUAUUUCAUAUAAGUUUUAAGUUAUAAAAAGUUUCCUGUUUACUCUGGAAAUGUAUUUUUCCCUUUCUAAUCCUCCGGCCAGUGUCUAUUUUUGUCUCAGGAAAUAAGUACAUUUUGUAUAUCGUUUAUUUGAGAUUAAAUAUUGUAUUAAAUCUA